GUCUUGUUAUCGGUACGUUAUCAUUAUUGCCGUACAACAAUGAUAAUGUAUUGAUUGUGAGGAGUGGUACACUGGUAUGUAUUUAUGUGUAAGCAUAAAUACGAUAUUUGUAGACCGUUUUUUUUUUUUUUUUGACUAUUGUAAGAUACCAAUUAUUAAAUAGUUUAUUAUAGGUAAAAUUAUAAUUUAUGAGCAAAAAUAGAAUAAUUCGAUUGUAUACAGUAUAGGAAGACUGAAAAUGAAGAUGUCGGAAUCUGUGAAGAAGUUAUUAAAGCGUAAUAAACCGGGAACAAAAUCAGACGUAAGACCAUGUACCUAUUACUUGAUUAAUCUGUACUUAGGGAUUUUUCUGAACGUUAAUUUCAGUGUUUUCGUAAAUGGCCGGACGAGUCGUUCGAAGAAAUGGAUAGUACGUUGGCUGUUCAAGAAUUCAUACAACAGCAGAUACGCAAAGAUCCGAGCAAUAUCGAUAUUAUAUUGACUCCGCCAGACUCACAGGAAGAAGGUGUAUGGAAAUACGAACAUCUCAGGUACUUAUGGUAUUAUUUAACAGUUUUUAUUUUUCUCUUUUUCAUGUUUAUAGUCUCAAGAUUAGUCUGUUGCGACUUCCUGUUUAGAUUCUUGUAUUAUUACUUGUUCUUCUCCUUCAUAAUUUGAUCCAUACAUUUUUCUUUGGUCUUUUUCUACCCUUAAUAUCUGUAUCUCAAAACCAGAUGAACGUAAAUCACAUUGUUUUCUAACAAAAACUAAAAAAAGAGACAUGUUUUCUGCUAUGUAUCAGGACUUAGGCUCGUAUAACCCUAGUAAAAUUAUGGAAGUAUUUUUGAACAAACUUCCGUUAUUAUGGCUCGAUGGAAUACAUAUACUACAUGCAAGAAAUGUAAUAAUCUAAAUAAUAAUUUGUGGACUUUCUUUAGUCUCGUUCCAAGGUACAGAUAUAUGUUUCAAUUAUUGUUUGGUAAGCUUUUAUGUUCUAUUAUUGGGUGCAGUGUUAUUCCCUAUCAUUUUAUUUCUUCUGGAUUGAUUAUGUUUCCAUACCUGUUUACCAUUUUUUUAGCUUUAUUAUGUUGAAAAUCGCUUAAUUUGUAGCUAUUUCAAUCCAUGACAAUCAAAUGUUAUCAACAUUUAUUUGGAGUCUUAAAGCCCUUUAGUUUACUUUUUCCAACUAAAUUUAUUGUUCAGGUGUUUUUUAAAUAAAAAUAUUGUAACACUAUAUAGUUGUGUUUGUGUAUUUUUAGACAAUUUUGCAUGGAAUUAAAUGGAUUAGCGGUCGAAUUGCAAAAUGAAUGUUUACCCGAUACCUGUAGUCAAAUGACGUCGACAGAACAGUGGAUAUUUUUAUGUGCUGCACAUAAAACUCCUAAAGAAUGUCCAGCGAUCGAUUACACCCGCCAUACUUUAGAUGGCGCCGCUUGUUUAUUAAACAGCAACAAAUAUUUCCCUAGCAGGUAUAACUACCGUUCUUUAUCUGUUAUAUUUCCGAGUAUGAAAUGGUUAUUAUAAAUAUAACCUUUUAAUUUUAACCAAAUAGUUUACAUACAGAUAAAACAAAUUAAUCCAGAAACAUAAUUGGUUUGGAGGAAAAUAUGAAAAUGAAGAAUAUUAUAAUAUUUUUAUGAAUGAUAAUUCAGAUGUUGUAUCAUUCACUUAUUAACUAUGUACAUCAUGAUAUUAUAUGAUACAAAUAAUGUGAAUAGGUUUUUGAACAAAAUACUUAAUGAAAAUGCAUGGUGAAUAUGGUUUUUAAAAUCGUUUACUUGAUUCAUAUGAUACUCAUUGAUUAGAUACUGAUUAAGAAUCAUUGCAUGAACCAUAUCUGUCUAAUCUAAAUUUCUUAUUCAUUGUCAUUUUAUUUUAUUUUUUGCAAAACGGGUUUUACCAUAUUGAGAUAUAUUAAUAUUAUAAUAUUAUGCAUUGUGAUUAAACGCUAUUAAUUUAACUAAUAUUAGAACACAAAUAUUAAGAUGGCUCUCCAGUGGUUCUCAAUCGGUAUACGCAGUGUUGAAUCGUAAUGCAUCUGUAAUAUUCGGUGUAUAAAACUAAAUAAUGACAUAAAAGAAAAAAGGUUUUCAUUAAAAAUUGUGUGAAGACCUCAGUAUAACAGGUUUAAAAAAAGGUUGAAAUCACUGAUCUAGGCUAUAAUCUAAACAUGAACGAACAGAGGACAAAAUCUAGUGAAUUUACUAAUGUAAACAAUGUUCAAUGUUGGUCCUACCAAAUGUCUUACAAAAAUGCUUUUAGAAUUUGUAUUGUAAAAUUACUUUAUAGAACCUAUUAUUGUGAAAUCACGAAGCAUUGUGAUAAUGACAACAGUUACAAAGAAACAACCCAUAAGAAAUACAUGGACAUGAAAUUAUAAUUUUUUUUUUUUGUAUUUUAGUUAUAAUAACUUUAUAACUUGAGUCCAGAUUUUUAUGUUUUUACAUAUUGCGAUUGAGUAUAUACAGUGUAUAUGAGAGUGAAAAAUAUGGAUGAUUCGUUUAAUACAAGAGUACACAGAAAAAAAAUAUAUAUUUUAAAAUAUUUUUAUACAAAUAUAAAAAAAACUAAAUUUAAAAAAUUAUAAUUUCAUGUCCAUGUAUUUCUAAUGAAAUUAACCGUGCUAAGGUUUUGUUUGAAUCAUGAUCAUUAUGCUCUGCGUUAUCAUUAAUAAGGUGUAUUUUUAUGAUUUUUUAUAUUUUAAAGUUUCAAUUAACAUCGAUAUUUCACACUAAAAUCACAUAUUUAAAUAAAAACUUAAAAUGUAUAGAUAUUUUAUUAAGUUAAUUAUAGUUAUAGUAAUAAGUACAAUCAUAAGUAAUAAUAAUAAAAAUAAGAAAUAUAAAAUUAUGAAAAUGUAUUUAUGUAGUUAUACUUAUAAAAUUACUGUUCAAAUUGUUAACUUUCGGAAUUAAUUUCUAAGUGUUUAUAAAUGUUAUCAAUGUUAUGUUUUUAUUUAAAAUAAAAUAAAUAUUAUAUUAUCUUAUAUAGUAACAAUAGUAAACAUGUUUUAAUUUAAAUUUAUUAUUUCAGAGUUAAUAUCAAAGAAUCUUCUGUGGCGAAACUGGGAUCUGUUUGUCGGCGUGUUUAUAGGAUAUUUUCUCACGCUUACUACCAUCAUCAGAAUAUUUACAAUAAAUUUGAGGUAUUAAAAAAAAAAUUAUUUUGUUUUCACGAGUAUAGUUAAAAGUAUAUAAUGAUAUUCAGUAUUGGUAAUUAAAAUUAAGUAUUCGGUUAUAAUCUAAUGUAAAUUAUAUAACAUUACAGAAUGAAACAUAUUUAUGCCAAAGGUUCACAAGAUUUGUGAUAAAAUAUUGUUUAAUGGCAAAAGAAAACCUCAUUGUGCCAAUGCCCGAGGCGAUUAUGCAAGGCAUACACACUGAAGAGGAUGGAACAACAUCGAUUAAAGAGACAUAAGUUGGUUCUCCUUGGUGCCACGAUAUUCACUUUUGUUAAAAGUUUUGCGAGACACUGGCCUAGUAACAUGAUCUGAUACUUUGUCAGCUCCUUGGUAUCUGAAAAUGAAACACUUAAUUUAAUACAUACAAGUAUAGCGAAAUAGGAAAUACAAUUAAGCAUUUAAUGAAUUUAGUUUAUAUUAUUAUUUAUGUUUUUUUUGUAUUUUGUAUAUUAUUUUUUAAAAAAAAAACAACUAACCAAAAUUAUUUUACAUACCUUACGUGAUUAUUAUAGGCUGGUAAAUUAGGGUGAAGAUGAUUUUUGGACAAAAGUAUAUGGAUUGAAGGCAAUCUACGGGUUGUAAUUGUCUUCGAAAUUUCACCAUUAAUCAUCUCUUCUGUAAUCAUUCUUACGCUGAAAACAUAAAUUUAUUAUUAAUAAUAUUAUGUUCUGCAAGAUAAGUUUUACUAAGUUUAUUUUAAAUUAUAAAAUGUAGGUGUAAAAUAUAUAUUGUAAUAAAUUAUUAUUUUCCUAUUUUAAUGUUUAGUGUUAAGAUAUUUAUUUUUUAACAGUGCCAUGCGUGACACAAUUAGUUAAAAUUAAAAUAUAAUAAUAAAUAAAAGUGAACUAUGCUUAACAAAUAAUAACAAUACUAC